UGACAUUUCAACUAUUUGACGUACAAAAGGGACAUUGUUAGUUUUUCAAAUCCAUCAAAAGACCGUAAACAUUAAUUUUCAACAAAAAUAUUAACUCGUUUCGAGUAUUGAUCCCAUAAUCAACUGGAUGCCGACUUACACUAAGUCAAGAUGUUGAAUUUGCAUUAAAUGCAGGUUCAUAUUUCAUAGUUACUCUAAUUGUCCAGAAAAACCAAAAACAUUGUUUUGUCUGUGCUUCGUCGAUUGUAAAAUCAAAGAAAUAAUUAUCGACAGGACUCGUCGGACUCGAUAAAUUUUCGCCAAACAGUUAACCCUCAACUAUGCUGUUCGAAGUGUUCAUCAUCUGUACGACCGUAUUUUCAUUGUGGAUAAUCGGAAAAUUGUUGGUUCUAUUGGAUGUUGUCUAUGUGCCGAAAAAGAAGUGCGUCCAUCUCUGGCGAUCGGCGAAACAUUUGAAUCAGGCUGUCUACUGUUCCAUUUGUGAAAUAAUGUUGACGUCCACCGGAUUCUACUGUGAAUCGUGUGGAGUCUGUGCCGAUUCCCAGUGCAUUCACUCAGCCGAGCUGGUACUGAAAUGUAAAGAAAAUUAUACCCAAUCAUCGCCAACCGAUAAAACCAUUCGUGAUCAGAUGCAUAUGUGGAUCAAAGGGAAUCUAACACAAGUCUAUGAAUGUUGCGUGUGUCAAAGGGACAUUGACUAUCACGGUCGGCCAGGACUCUAUGGGUAUCGAUGUUGUUGGUGUCAGCGUGGUGCUCAUGUGAACUGUUUCGCAAAGGCGUCUGACGAUAACGUCUGUGAUUUCGGCAGCUAUCGCAAUCUAAUAAUUCCUCCGAAUCAUGUCUUCAUGAAACGGCGACGUCUUCAACGCAUCACAAGCAUUGUAACACCCGAUUGGCUUGACUGGAAGCCACUGAUUGUCGUAGCAAAUUUGAAAUCGGGCGACAGCACAGCCGCUGGUGUAAUGGCAACGUUUCGAAGUGUUCUAAAUCCAAUUCAAAUCUUCGAAUUGAGCACUUCCGGACCAGAGGACGCACUUCGUUUGAUCAGCAAAAUACGAUCCGUACAAUGUCGCAUACUAGUAGCGGGUGGCGAUGGAACAGUUGGAUGGAUACUGAACGAAUUAGUUCGGAAAAAUAUCAAACCUUUGCCGGAAGUGUCCAUAAUGCCAAUUGGAACGGGAAAUGAUUUGUCUCGGGUCCUUAAUUGGGGCGGUGUACCGCCACAAGAGCUGAAUCCAAUGGAAUUGUGUGAGAAGAUCCAAUCUGCUGAAAUGGUUUAUCUAGAUCGUUGGCAUAUUGACAUUGAAGGUCGUCGAAGCCGUAGAUUGCAUAUGAAUUGGUUGCCGCAUCGAAAACUGCAAAUGUAUAACUACUUCAGCAUUGGGGUCGAUGCCCAGAUUGCAUUGAAUUUCCAUAAAGCCAGAGACAGUCCGUUUUACAUUUUCAGUAGUCGGAUUUUGAACAAGAUUCUGUACCUCGGCUUCGGAACGCAACAGGUUUUGGACCAGUACUGCGUUGGUCUUGAGAAGAAAAUCAUGCUGUACAUCGACGAGAAAAACAUCGAAUUACCGGAACUACAGUCGGUUGUGGUCUUAAACAUCGAUUCAUGGGGCGCCGGCGUGAAACUAUGGCAAAUGAGCUCCGAUGACAACGACACGCGAUCACACAGCAUCUCCGAUGGUGUCAUCGAAGUGAUGGGCAUCGUUUCUUCCUUUCAUAUGGCGCAGCUGCAAGUUGGUUUGAAUAGACCAAUACGACUGGGCCAAGGACGUAAAGUGCGAAUAGUGAUUAGGGAACCGUUUCCCGUGCAGGCGGACGGAGAGCCGUGGAUACAAACGCCGUGCGAAGUGAAUAUUUCCUGUAAUGGCCAGGUGAAAAUGCUGAAAUGUACGGCAUGAACAUUGUCAUCCAAAUAAGACAUCACGAAUUCCAAAUUUAAGUUUAGCAUUGGUGUAUGUGGGAGGGUGCAGUGAUGGGUGAAUGGAUAUCUAAUGAAUCUCUGUAUUUAUGACUGUUUGAUGUUUUAUUUAUUUAGAAUUGUAUUUCUAAUAAUUUAUUUGUAUGCGAGUGGCUUAGAGAUGCUUUGUACACACUGAGGCACGUGUGGAUCAACGAAAAUAAAUUUUUAUUUUCAAAACUUAUAAUCCUAAAA